AUGUCCCCGUGUCCCCAGGAGAAGGAGAUGGAGAAGCAGAAGCUGCUGUCGCAGCAGGCGCGGCUGCACACGCGGGGGGCGGCCGAGAUGGUGCUGCAGAUGAUCAGCGCCUGCAAGGGCGAGCGGGGGGCCAUGGUCUCCUCCACGCUCAAGUUGGGAAUCUCCAUCCUCAACGGGGGCAACGCCGACGUGCAGCAGAAGAUGCUGGAGUACCUCAAGUCCAAGCGCGAGGUCGGGUUCUUCCAGAGCGUGCAGGCGCUGAUGCAGACCUGCAGCGUGCUGGACCUGAACGCCUUCGAGCGGCAGAACAAGGCCGAGGGGCUGGGCAUGGUCACCGAGGAGGGCACCAGGGAGAAGGUGAUGUCGGACGAUGAAUUCACCCAGGACCUGUUCCGGCUGCUGCAGCUGCUCUGCGAGGGCCACAACAACGACUUCCAGAACUACCUGCGGACGCAGACGGGGAACACGACCACCAUCAACAUCAUCAUCUGCACCGUGGAUUACCUGCUGCGCCUGCAGGAGUCCAUCAGUGACUUCUACUGGUACUACUCGGGCAAGGACGUCAUCGACGAGCAGGGCAAGAGGAACUUCUCCAAGGCCAUGGCCGUGGCCAAGCAGGUGUUCAACAGCCUGACCGAGUACAUCCAGGGCCCCUGUACUGGGAACCAGCAGAGCCUGGCCCACAGCCGCCUCUGGGACGCCGUCGUCGGCUUCCUGCACGUCUUCGCACACAUGAUGAAGAAGCUGGCCCAGGACUCGUCCCAGCUAGGGCUACUGAAGGAGCUGCUGGACCUGCAGAAGGACAUGGUGGUGAUGCUGCUGUCCCUGCUUGAAGGGAACGUGGUGAACGGCACCAUCGCCCGGCAGAUGGUGGACAUGCUGGUGGAGUCCUCCAGCAACGUCACCAUGAUCCUCAAGUUCUUCGACAUGUUCCUGAAGCUGCGCGACAUCGUCUCGUCCGACGCCUUCCGCCACUUCGUCACCGACCCGCGCGGGCUCAUCUCCAAGAAGGACUUCCAGAAGGCCAUGGACAGCCAGAAGCAGUACGAGCCCGACGAGAUCCAGUUCCUGCUCUCCUGCUCCGAGGCCGACGAGAACGAGAUGAUCGACGUGGAGAGCUUCGCCCAGCGCUUCCAGGAGCCGGCGCGCGACAUCGGCUUCAACGUGGCCGUGCUGCUGACCAACCUGUCGGAGCACGUGCCGCACGACCAGCGCCUCAAGACCUUCCUGGAGCAGGCCGAGAGCAUCCUGGACUAUUUCCGGCCGUUCCUGGGCCGAAUCGAGAUCAUGGGGGCGGCGCGGCGCAUCGAGCGCAUCUACUUCGAGAUCAGCGGCGCCAACAAGGCGCAGUGGGAGAUGCCGCAGGUCAAGGAGUCCAAGCGCCAGUUCAUCUUCGACGUGGUCAACGAGGGCGGCGAGGCCGAGAAGAUGGAGCUCUUCGUCAACUUCUGCGAGGACACCAUCUUCGAGAUGCAGAUCGCCUCGCGCAUCUCCGAGGAGGAGGCGCCGCGCGACGAGGAGGAGGAGGAGGACGAGGACAGGGAGGAAGAGGAGCCGGCCGAGGCGCCGGCGCCGACGCUGCCGGGUUUCGGGGCGCUGCGGCGGCUGCUGGGGUCGCCCCAGACGUGGCGCCGCAGGAUCAGGAGGCUGCGCAAGAAGUCGGGGCGCGAGCUGGCGUGGGAGGCGGGCGUGGGCGCGGGGCGCGCCACCCAGGUGUCCCCAACCCCCCAGCCCCUCCCCACGUCUCUGGGGCCACCGGCAGAGCGGUGA